AUGGAGUUGACAGGAGUCUCCGUACGGAGGCACCUGAUCAUGGUGCUCCAACUGUUGAUUCUAAUGCCUCGGACCUCCGCAAAAGCAGUGUUUGCUCAUUUUAUGAUGGCGAAUGCAGCACAGUAUGAAGUGUCCGACUUCAAAAACGAUAUCAUGCUUGCCAAAGACAGUCACAUUGACGCAUUUGCGCUUAAUAUGGCUUACGGCGUGUCAACUAAUGAGCGGUCGGUUGCCAAUGCUUUUAAAGCAGCAGAAUCUCUCGGAUUCAAGGUAUUCUUCUCCUUCGACUACGCUGGGAACGGAUCUUGGCCACAGUUCGAUGUCAUUGGUUUCCUGCAGAAAUAUUCAUCCAGUCAAGCCCACUACAACUAUAACGAAAAGCCAUUCGUGUCUACAUUUGAAGGCCCCGACAGGGCUGAUGACUGGAUCGGAAUAAAGAAAGAAACAGGUUGCUUCUUCGUCCCCGACUGGUCAUCAAUAGGAGCGCAGCCUGCCCUAAAGCUCGCCGGAGGUGUCGCUGAUGGUUUAUUCUCUUGGGCGGCCUGGCCGACAGAUGGCCAGCCGAUGGACACAUACGUUGAUGCAUCAUAUAUCGAUAAUCUGAAAGGAUCACAGAAGCCUUACCUUAUGCCAGCAUCUCCGUGGUUUUACGCGGAUAUGCCAGGUUACGACAAAGACUGGGCAUACCAUGGUGAUGACCUGUGGUAUGAUCGAUGGGUGGAAGUGGCCUAUCUUGAACCCGAGUGGGUUGAGAUCAUCUCUUGGAACGAUUACGGAGAGUCACAUUAUGUCGGGCCACUCAAUGAAAAGGGGUAUGGAGUGUUCACCACGGGCAAGGCCCCUUACAACUACGCACGAGAUAUGCCACACGACGGCUGGCGACUCCAUCUUCCAUACGUAGUUGAUCUGUACAAAAGUGGAUCAUCGUCAGUGACGGAGGAAAGUCUAGUCGUUUGGUACCGUACCCAACCCAGCACUGCCUGCCCUGAAGGACAAGAUCAAUAUAAAGAUCGAUCGUUCAAGGACAAAAUAUUCUUCUCGGCGCUUCUGGCCUCAAAUGCUUCCGUCAGAGUGGGCGUUGACGGCCUCGAAAAGGACGCUCAGUGGGAGUUUGAGCCAGAUGGUGGUAUAGGAAUCUACCACGGCAAUUUCGACUUCGAUCAUGACCAUCUCGGAGAAACUGUCGUCACCAUCGUGCGUGAUGGCAAAGAGGUGGUGCGUGUCGAAGGACGCGCUAUCACCGACACCUGCACUGACGGUUUCGCCAAUUUCAAUGCAUGGGUCGGGAGCGCGACCUCAGGAACUACCAUGUCCCCGGUCUCGCCAAAGCUGCCACUCUCCAAGCAAGUUUGUAUCGAAGGAUCCGCAUCCUCGAAUUUCACCGAACUUUGCAGAUUCACCUGUUGUUAUGGCUACUGUCCCAUUGACACUUGUUACUGCACGGCAAUGGGUGCCCAGAAGAAGAGACCGAAACCUACGUACGAAAAAGGGACUCCUAAAAAUGGCGAUGACAGCUACUCCGGUUUAUGUUCCUUUGCGUGCUACUACGGAUUCUGCCCAGAGUCAACUUGCUCUGGGAAUAUGACUGUGCCAUCUUGCGCAGGAAAUGGGAAUGAUAACCGCGCCGAUCAACACAGUUCCAGCUGUGGACAUACCGGGCAUGCUGCACAUGCUAAUGAGGGGUCGGAGCAGCCUCUCGCUUCGUUGGAUAUUAUUUUCGGACUUUAUUUCGCGAUAUACUCUGGUAUGGCGCUCAUCAUUUAUUUUUAA